CUCUCCGGUUCUUCAAGGACUAGAAGUGACAGGAGGGAGUCGGAUAUAAGUUUUCGGGAUCAUGUUCGGAGCACCUUUUCUAGCUAAACCUAAAGCACGCCCCACACUUUUGCUGUGGUUUUUACUCAUCGUCAUUUGUGGGCAUUUAUAAAGGAAAGCUUAAAAUCAAGACAGUCUCAUCUCUUUCUCCAAACAAUGAGUUACAAGGCACUAAUAGUUCUGGAUCGUUGGGUGGUCUCGAUGUUCGCAGACGAAUUCCCAUAAAGCUUAUCUCCAAACAAGCCAACAAAGCCAAACCUGCACCUCGGACUCAGAGGACUAUCAACAGGAUGCCUGCAAAGGCUCCCCCUGGUGACGAAGAAGGAUUUGAUUAUAAUGAAGAAGAACGGUAUGACUGUAAAGGGGGCGAAUUAUUUGGAAAUCAGCGAAGAUUUCCUGGACACCUUUUUUGGGACUUUCAGAUAAACAUCUUAGGUGAAAAGGAUGAUACACCAGUUCAUUUCUGUGACAAAUGUGGAUUACCAAUUAAAAUCUAUGGACGAAUGAUUCCAUGCAAGCAUGUUUUUUGCUAUGACUGUGCUAUUUUACAUGAAAAAAAGGGAGAUAAGAUGUGUCCAGGCUGUAGCGAUCCUGUGCAGCGAAUUGAGCAGUGUACACGAGGUUCCCUCUUCAUGUGUAGCAUUGUUCAAGGGUGCAAGAGAACGUAUUUAUCUCAGAGAGACUUACAGGCGCAUAUCAACCAUCGCCAUAUGAGAGCUGGAAAACCUGUUACCCGUGCUUCACUUGAAAAUGUUCAUCCUCCUAUUGCCCCACCACCAGCUGAAAUCCCUGAUCGUUUUAUAAUGCCACCAGACAAGCAUCAUAUGAGCCAUAUUCCGCCAAAGCAGCACAUCAUGAUGCCACCUCCUCCUUUGCAACAUGUGCCACAUGAGCACUAUAAUCAGCCACAUGAGGAUAUUCGUGCUCCCCCGGCAGAAUUGUCCAUGGCUCCGCCUCCACCUCGUUCGGUCAGUCAGGAAACCUUUCGUAUUUCAACAAGGAAACACAGCAAUUUAAUAACCGUCCCUAUUCAGGAUGACUCAAAUUCAGGUGCUAGAGAACCACCACCUCCUGCCCCAGCACCUGCUCACCAUCAUCCUGAAUAUCAGGGUCAACCAGUGGUAUCGCACCCGCAUCAUAUUAUGCCUCCACAGCAACAUUAUGCACCACCCCCACCUCCUCCACCACCAAUAAGCCAUCCAAUGCCACAUCCUCCCCAGGCCGCAGGUACUCCUCACUUGGUAUAUAGCCAAGCUCCACCUCCACCAAUGACCUCUGCUCCACCACCAAUAACCCCUCCCCCUGGACAUAUCAUUGCCCAGAUGCCACCUUAUAUGAAUCAUCCUCCUCCAGGACCUCCCCCACCUCAACAUGGUGGUCCACCUGUAACUGCACCCCCCCCUCACCAUUAUAAUCCUAACUCUUUACCCCAGUUCACUGAAGAUCAAGGAACUCUGAGCCCUCCAUUUACACAGCCAGGGGGAAUGAGUCCUGGUAUAUGGCCUGCACCAAGAGGGCCACCACCACCUCCACGAAUGCAGGGUCCGCCUUCUCAAACCCCACUUCCUGGACCACAUCAUCCAGAUCAGACAAGAUAUAGACCGUAUUACCAAUGAUAAUAGUAUUUUGAACUGAACAUAUGAUAAGGAAAAAAACUUAUGUAUAGUCAAUCUUUUAAUUAAGCUUUGACUGUCUGGGGAAGGAAAAGUACCUCUUACUGAGGAGGCUAUAAAACAAACACAUAGGGUUUUGUCUCUGAAAAUGGUUUGAAAUCUCAACCUUAGGAUUGAUUUCAAGUACUACACUGUAGUGCAGAUAAGUGGCUCAGCCGAGCACAGUUAUAUUUUAACAACUUUGUUCCCCUAGUGUGAUAAAUUGAUGCAGAGAUGACCAUUUGUAAAAAAAAAAAAAAUUGAAAAAAAAAACCCUUCAUUGUUUCACUUUCAAAAAUACUGCUUUUGUUAAACCCAAUGUUUAGUUUUUCUUGUGAUACUUUUUGUUAACCUGUGUAAAAGGAUUAAAUUUCAAUAUGGUUGUAAAAAUGCUAUUUUUAUGUGAAAUUAAGUGCAGCCACAUACUGUUUUUUAAAAACCAUAUGUUUUACCACUAAUUCCCAAAAUUACAAUAAAAUUCUAAAAGUACAAAUCUACUAGAAUUUGCUGUAAGGAAGACUGUUAAAUGGUAGAGAAUUAUUUGACAUUUUAGGCACUGAAGUGGUGAGGUAUAGUAAGUAUAUAAUGCACUUCACUUGGAUGCCAUUUCAUUUUUAGGCAACCUCAGGAGCACCAAAAGACAUUGGAAUUCCAGUGCUACGAUUCAUUUAUGUUCGUAGUAUUAAAGAAAGCAUUACUGAUUAUUUGGAAAGAUAUGGCCAAAGUAAUCCACUCUGUACGCUCCAAGCUGGUGGUGGGAUACUGUUACUCAUUACUAAUGCUUUUUUACUGAAUGGUUAGAAUCAUGUGAUACACCACAUUUACUAAUCUUAAGUGAUAUUAUCUUAUAGAACUGUUUAAAUGGUGUUAUUUUGGUGAGGUGUUUUUUUGUUUUUUGUUUUUCUUCUUUGUCUUAAACUCAGUAUUUAGGGCUGAAUAGGCUUUAUAUAAUUCCUCAUUUCAUGGUAGAAUUUCAUCCUGUGCUUAGGUGGGUUCUUGUUUUUGGAUUUUAAACUACAAUUUGAAUGCCAUGGAAGAAUCCAAAUAAUGUAUUAAUGAAGGACAUUUUCUUAUAAUCACAAACUUGCAUUUGCUCAGGUUUCAUUGCUGCGUGAUAAAGUUUCUUCCUCCAACUUAAAUUUUUAAAACUAUUUCCUGUUACUUUUGUUGGUAAAUCAGUCUCAACUUGGAAUAUUUUAGCAUGAAGUCAACAGUGAAGAGGUAAUUUGCUAUUGGAGAAGAUAAGAUAAUGACUAAAUUGUGAAUUUCAGUGCUUUACAAGGUGCCUUUAGAGUCAGCUUUUGCAUUAUAAGGACUUGUUACAGCCCAGCUAAUGACCACUUACAGUUUAUAUAGAACUCGUACGUAUAAAUCACCAUUCUUAGGAUAUUAUUAUAUAUCCUUUGAAUAAACCCCUGUGAAGUUUUUCCUUCCCUCUAAAAUGGUGCAUAACAAAAACAUGAAAUGUGUAGUAUGCAGAUAUAGCUUUUAUUAGUUUGUAGUAUAUAAAUUUAGAACAUUUUUUGACAAUGGGUGAACUGAUUGCUAAUUUACCAUUUUCUGUCGGGUACAGGUAAAACAAAUUUUCAUCUUAGAUGAUCUGAAGCAAAAUCAUUUCUGAAUUUAGAGCAAAAGAUAGAAAUAGUAUAAAUGGCCAUUUCAACCUUGACCACCUGAAAAUAACCAAUCUAUUUUAAGUUAAACAAGUGUUUUGUCACUCUUAGCAGUUUGAGAGUCAGUGUUAACACAAUAUUUCUAGUGAGAAAUGCCUGUGAUUAGAAGCAUGGGAGUGAAAUAGUGUGAAAUGUUGAUUGGUGAGUGCUUCUAUCAUGUUACUGUAGGUACUUGGACUGGUGCAAACUUGAUUCCUUUUCAUGCCCCUAUUUAGAAACUGUUAAAUAUUCUGUUAAAUACCCAGACCAUUCUUUGAUUCACAUAAGAAAGCCAAAUUCACUGUAGAGCAUCUCAAUUUAGGAAGAGCUCUCCUGCUUUUAUUGAAAUUCCCUAGGGUUUGAAUAUUGCAAAAAAUAACUUAGCCUGUGCAUUGGACCAAAAAAAAAAAAAAUCAUAGUAGAAUGCCACACUUAAGAGGAUUCUUGUAGGCUUUUUGAAAAUGAUUUAUUUUCAGUUGGGUUUAAGAAAUACAUGUUCGCAGGAAGGCAGUUGAUGUCUUGUAGCAGGCAAAAUUCUUAAAUGGUGUUUAGACUUGAAUUUAUCAGGAAUUGUUUGAAUGAGGGUGGGUGGGUAGAAGGAUAACAAAAUACUGUUAGUAUUUCUUUUUUUAAGGAAAAAGAUGUGAAUGCCAGCCUUAUUUCAGGGAAGCCUUUGACACUAUGAUGGACAUAAGUCUAAAUUAAAUGUAUGUAUGUUUCAUUAUAUUGCUCUUAAGACUACUGAGGUGGCAGUUUAAUUCUUAAAAACAAUAAAAUGGAAGCAUAAAUACUA